UGGGUUUUUAACACUAGUUAUGCUUCAGUGUUCAUUGCUGAGCUAUGCAAUAAUAUCUCGAGCUAUGUGGAAAAUAUUUAAAUGUUAGACGGUUUAAUAUCCUUCUAACAUUAGAUUUAGCUUAAAAUGUCACAAGCAUUAUAUAAUACAAGACAAGGGUCUUUUACUCUCUCCAUAAAAUGGUUUAAUGUUUAAAGCUGAAGGUAUGUCCACUCAUUUCAGCAGCUGAAAUGGAUUCCAGUCCAUUCAUUUUAGAUGGCGGUCUAGCAACAGAACUCGAAGCAAGUGGAUUUCAGUUACAGGGAGAUCCACUGUGGAGUGCACGCGUUCUGCAUACAGAUUCACAGGCUAUUAAGGAUGUCCAUUACAGAUAUCUUCAAAGUGGUUCUGAUGUCAUAACAACAGCUACGUAUCAGGCCAGCAUUGAGGGAUUCGUGAAAUAUCUCGGUGUUCAACCUGAGGAGGCUCAGCACAUGAUGAUGUCAGCAGUUCAGCUGGCAAAAGAGACAGUCUCUGAAUUCAUCUCUCAAUCGCCCAUGUCAGACAGAAGAGAGCCUUUGGUUGCAGGCUCAGUUGGUCCAUAUGGGUCGUUUCUACAUGAUGGAUCUGAGUACACAGGAGCCUAUGAGGACAAGAUGACAGUGGAGGAGUUGAAAGACUGGCACCGUCCACAGAUCCAGUGCUUAGUAAAAGCAGGAGCUGAUCUUGUUGCCAUGGAGACUAUUCCUGGCCUCAAAGAAGCCGAGGCUUUGGUGGAAGUACUCAAAGAAUUUCCAGAAACUAAAGCCUGGCUUUCUUUUUCCUGUAAGGACAAUAAUAGUAUUUCUAGCGGGAGGAGAUUUUCUGAAGCGGUUGAGAUGGCAUGUAGGUCCACACAGCUGGUUGCUGUCGGGGUGAACUGUUGCCCUGCUCUUUUGGUGAAACCACUUCUAGAGUCAGCCAAGUCCCACAAAAGAGCAGAUUUGAGCUGGGUGGUCUAUCCUAACAGCGGAGAAGGAUGGGAUGUCACGACUGGAUGGAAAACCGAGAUGCGGACGUCAUUUGCCAAUUUAAGCCUUGAAUGGAAAGCACAAGGGGCUUUAUGGAUCGGAGGCUGCUGUCGUGUCCGUCCUGCUGAUAUAACGGAGCUCAAACAACUCCAUGUACAGCCAUGACUGAAGAAACAAGCUGAUACCUAACACACCCAGCUGCCUCAGAAAUAAUGCACAGAUGUGUAAGAACAUGUAUAAAUAUUUUAUUUAUAAAUAAAAACAAUACCAACACAUUAGAUUGACAUGAGAUUUGUGGUGAUUAGACAUUGAACAUCAUACAUCAGAUGUUGCUGUGUUAAAGGAAGAACACAAAUCACAAUGCACUUAACAUGAAAGCAGUCAUGCAGUCUUAGCUUACAGCUUUUCAAAAACAACAUGAUUGUAGUCCAAGUUGCUAUUUACAAUAAAAUGACACCAUCUUAUUGGACAAUGUCACUUCGCUUUAACCUUUGUCUGAUCUGUUGAAAUAUUCAAUGAUCACAACAGUCUGAGAACUUUGACUUAGUUUGUAUUUUUAGACUUACACUAAUAAAGCCAUUUGUGUUCA